CAACACUGAACUAUAAAUGAGUCAGUAACAAAACGAAAAAAAUCACUGUGAUUUUAUAGGUACUGUCAAAAUGAGUAGCUAAUGGACUGACUGGUAAGAGAGCCUCCGUGCCUCGUAUAAUCGUAACAUUGAUCCCGAGGUGUUGGCACAAAGGCUACAUAACACACUCUCAGAACUUCAAGCAUCUCUCAUGGAGAUAACCAUGAACCAAGAAAAGUCUAUUUCAUUGAUCCUCUAAGGAAGCAGUGUCCUCAUCUUGCAACUUCAAUGCACCAUUGGCUUGACCUCCACCUCCAAGGCCCAAAUAUCCCAAGGAAUGAUUGGGAGGCCAUGUGCAGCUAUGUUGAGCUGUGCGGGUUGUUGAUACGGUCCUGGCAAACAAACGUCUCCUCAUGGAUAGCCAAGAGAGUCGCCACAAUUAUUAUAAACUAACCCCUGGAAAACUUGGAUGUGAAGUUAGAAAUAUCGAUCUAAAAAAGGACGUACCACCAGAAGUUGUUGCAGCCAUUAAAGAGGAUGUAACCAAACAUAGGAUAUUGAUUUUCAAGGACCAGGGUGUGAUCAGUGGUGAUAGACACGUAGAAAUUGCAAAAUGGUUCCAAGAACCCGAUUCAACCUUUUACAAACACCCUCGAUCACCACAUCCUGAUGUGUUCAGGGUCUCCAAUGACCGCACAGAAGGCUGUACAAAUGUGGGGCGGACAGGAUGGCACAUUGACGGAAGUUUUCAGGAAGCACCCUUUGGUUAUGCUCUCUAUCAUAUGGUUAGUGUUCCCAAGAGUGGCCCAACCGUAUUUUGUCCAUUGACUGAACUCAUAGAACAGCUCCCUCAGGACCAACGGGCACGCUGGGAACGCCUUUACAUGAUAAGUGACCGGCGCUCUGGCCCCGUUCACCCAUUGAUAUACUCUCAUCCAUUAACUAAGAAAAAGGUACUAUGUUUUCAUUUGGGCAUGACUGAAGCUUUCAUUUGGGACUAUAAAACUCCCCAGCAAAAAGUUGCAGAUGAAAGAGAAACUUUUUCCAUUCUUCAAGAAAUUCAUAAGGAAAUAGUAAAAAAUAAGGACACUCUUCAAUACAGACAUGAGUGGAGUGUGGGAGAGUUUAUUAUCUCUGACAACUUGUCAGUGGCACAUGAAGCAGCUCCAGAGACACAGCUUCCUCGCAGUGAAGUGGGGCUGAGGGUGCUGCACAGAGUCACCACCAAGGGACACUCACCCCCUGCUAAGCUCUAUGACUACAAAAAAGAACUAGGGUUGGCGUAGAGGUUUUACUCUUCAAGAGUAUCUGUUGUACAUACUACCUUAACCCUUUCGUUGCUAAACGCUCACAGCGAGCACUUGCGUAACUUGCCGGUGGUGCUAAAUACUUGCUGCGAGCUCCAGUCACACUCAAAUUUCCCGCAUAUGAGAGUGUUCCAACACUAUUUCUCACACCACAGCAUUGCGAAUUCGGUGGGUUUUCCACGAAAUUUGGUGGAAAAUUAUAUCAGCAUAGUGCAGAAAAUCUAUGGACAAGCAACUGGUGGAUGUUGUUGUCCAAUAUAGCGGCAUUUUUGCAUAGCUUCACCUAUCGCAUGACUGAUAUUUUGACCAAAUAAUUGUAAAUUUUGCAGUUGGCAAUAUUGCCCUGCCAGCACCCCAUCAUCAAAAGAUCUACUCAGUAGUUGCCUUACAGCUGACCAUCGCGCACGUGUAAAUGUAUGUCUUCACAGGCAACACCCCCAAACAUGCCUGUACAUUCACAGGAUAGGCUUACGUUACCAAAUCUUAUAGAUAUUGGCCUCCUCUUUCCAAUGGUGUUUUGGGUUUUUAGCUGUGAUGAAUAGUUUUUGAGAUACAGAGGUUAAAAGGGCGAGCACUAGCGUCACUUGCUGGUGGUGCUAAAAGUUCACUGCGAGCGCCAGUCGCACUCACAGCAAAAAACACCCCCUGAACAAGCCUCUCCAUUUGCAGGAGAGGCUUACAUAACCGAAUCUUAUAGAUUUUGGCCUCCUCUUUCCAAUGUUUAUUUUGUUUUGUAGCUGUGAUGAAUAGUUUUUGAGAUACAGUGGUUAAAAGAGACCCCCUUUCCCCGCUGGGGUGCCCGAGCAUGCCUGAGGGGAGUCUCAUUGCGAGCGCUUAGCAAGGAAAGGGUUAACUGUUACUUUAGAGUUCUUUCCAAAUAAUAACUCACAUAAUGCACUUCCUACAUCAUAUAAUGUGAUAUGUGAUAUUAUUCAAUAUAACUCCAAUUUGCAGCUUUUCAUUCUUAUAAUUACAUACAUAUACAUUUAUCCCUGAGACAUAGAUAUUAUGAAUAUUGGACUGUGAUGACACUCAUCAUUAGAAAACAUUAAUAGUAUGCGAGAAUGCUUGUGCAUCCAUUAUCUAUUAAACAAAUUGUGUGAAGGCUGUAUGAAUAUAUUAGCAUAUACAGUAAAUGUUGGCUUAA